UACCUACAAGGCAGAGUGAGGGGGUUGUUCGACGUGUUGGCUAGGGAGGGCUCACCUUCACCCGUCACGAUUAGUAUAGAUACGUGAAUUUUCCAUUGUUAUUGUCGCUUGUUUGUGGUAUUGUGGAUAUUUUCGGAACGGUUUACGGGUUUUGUAGCGAGUUUUUUGGACCUCAUCCGGUUAGGAUUUUUGGAAUUAAGGCUGUUAGGCUGUUCAAUUGAGUCGGCCCUGCAGGUUGAUUAUUGUGGGAAUCGGAGAUCGCCUCUCGGGAGUGUUUUUUAAGGUUCGAUCGCAACAUGUCGCAGCCACGGCCGACGCUUCGGCGUCUUACGAGCCUCAAGGAGCGAGUGGAGAGCUCUUUGCAAGAGCAUCGCAAUGAGCUGCUCCACCUUCUGCAAGGCUAUGUGGCACAAGGUCGUUCAAUUCUUCAACCGCAUCAUUUGCAAGAUCAACUGGCUGCUGUGCACGAUGCUGCCCAUAUUCAAGACACUGCUAUUGGAAAGCUUCUUCAGAAUUGCCAGGAAGCCAUGGUGUCGCCACCUUGGGUUGGAUUUGCCGUGCGUCCAAGGCCUGGAAUCUGGGAGUAUGUGCGCAUCAAUGUGGAGGAGCUCAUUGUGGAAGAGCUUAGCGUGUCCGAAUACUUGGGUUUCAAAGAACAGCUUAGCCUUGGCUCUGAUUCAAUUGAUCUAUAUGUGCUGGAGUUGGAUUUUGAGCCCUUCAAUGCGCACUUUCCGCGCAUGACAAGACCAUCAUCCAUUGGACAUGGUGUACAGUUUUUGAAUCGCCACUUAUCUUCUAAACUCUUUCAAAAUCCAGAGAGCAUGGAGCCUUUGUUUCAAUUCCUUCGCCUCCAUACUUAUCGAGGAGAGACGCUGAUGCUCAAUGAGCGGAUUGCAACUUUUUCUAGGUUUCGUCCUCAGUUAGUUAGAGCUGAAGAGGCCCUAUCAAAACUCCCAGAGGAUACUCCAUUUUCCAGCUUUGCACACAGGUUACAAGAGUUAGGUUUGGAAAAAGGUUGGGGAAAUACAGCAGGGCGUGUGCUGCAAACCUUGAAGUUGUUACUAGAUCUGCUCCAGGCUCCUGACCCAGACACACUAGAAAAGUUCUUAGCCAGAAUUCCUAUGAUUUUCACCGUUUGCAUUGUUUCUCCUCAUGGUUACUUUGGUCAAGCAGGUGUUCUUGGCUUGCCUGAUACUGGUGGUCAGGUUGUUUACAUAUUGGAUCAAGUGAGAGCUCUGGAAAAUCAAAUGUUGGAAAAUCUUCAGCUUCAAGGGUUGGAUUUCAAGCCGCAAAUUGUUAUUCUCACACGAUUGAUUCCUAAUGCUAAUGGGACUACCGUCAACCAGCGUAUCGAAAAGGUUUCAGGCACUCAGCAUUCGAGGAUUCUACGUGUUCCUUUCCAACACGAAGGCAACAUCCUGAAGAACUGGAUUUCUCGUUUUGAUGUUUACCCCUACUUGGAAAACUAUGCUCAGGACGCGGCCAGGGAAGUCCUUGGGGAGCUCCAAGGGCGGCCUGAUCUGAUUAUUGGUAAUUACAGCGAUGGUAACCUGGUCGCGACGCUUCUUUCUCACUACCUUGAUGUAACUCAGUGUAUUAUUGCACAUGCGUUGGAGAAGACAAAGUAUCCGGACUCGGACAUUUAUUGGAAGGACUUUGAAGAGAAGUAUCACUUUUCAUGCCAGUUCACUGCUGAUCUCAUUGCGAUGAAUAGUGCGGACUUCAUCAUCACUAGCACCUAUCAAGAGAUUGCCGGAAGUGCUGAUACCGUGGGACAGUAUGAAAGCCAUCAGGCAUUCACAAUGCCAGGGUUGUAUCGAGUCGUGAAUGGCAUAGACGUCUUUGAUCCCAAAUUCAACAUUGUGUCCCCAGGAGCAGAUAUGAACAUCUACUAUCCAUUCGCAGACAAAGAACGUCGCUUGACAAGUCUACAGGAAUCUAUUGAGGAGCUCCUUUAUAGCCCUGAACAGACGGAUGAGCAUAUUGGGUUGAUUGACAAGGAAAAGCCCAUUCUCUUUUCCAUGGCUCGACUCGACAGAGUAAAGAACCUCACAGGGUUAGUAGAGAUGUACGGAAAGAACCAGAAACUAAAAGAAUUUGUACAUUUGGUAAUUGUUGGAGGCGAAAUCAAUCCUUCAAAGUCGAAGGACCGGGAAGAAGUUAGAGAGAUUGAGAAGAUGCACAAUCUCAUCAAGCGGUACAAGCUUGAAAAUAACUUCAGAUGGAUCCGAUCACAGACAAAUAGAAUUCGAAAUGGAGAGUUGUACCGUUACAUUGCAGAUUCUCAAGGAGCUUUUGUACAGCCUGCACUUUAUGAAGGUUUCGGUCUGACAGUGGUCGAAGCUAUGACAAGUGGACUUCCCACCUUUGCAACGAGUCAUGGAGGCCCAGCUGAGAUUAUUGAGCAUGGGAUUUCUGGGUAUCAUAUCGAUCCUUAUUAUCCUGAUGAAGCUGCUGAACAGAUCGUUGCUUUCUUCGAGAAAUGUAAAAAUGAGCCUGGACUUUGGAAUAAAGUUUCUGAAGCUGGAUUACAACGCAUAUAUUCCAGCUACACUUGGAAGAUAUAUGCCGAGCGGCUUAUGACACUGUCUGCGGUGUACGGAUUCUGGAAGUAUGUUUCAAAAUUGCACAGGCAGGAAGCUCGGAGAUAUUUGGAGAUGUUUUACAUCUUGAAGUUCCGUGAAUUGGCAAGAACAGUACCGCUUUCAAAGGAUGAUGAGGAUGUUCUAGAAAAAGUUGAGAAGAAAGCUCAGUUGGGUCCUGGCGUAGGGGCAAUUGUUGGUGAAGCAGCAACAGCAGUCGAAGCACGGAAAGCUGUUACUGGUCAUACAUAAUCGCAGUGUAAUUAAACAGUUCGUCAUAAAAGCUAUCUGUAUGCUUUGCACAGAAGGAUGUAAUAUAUGUUUUGGGGUUUGGUUGAAGUGCAUGGUUUGAACGCCAACAUCACAGUUGAUGACUUAGAUCUUGUUUGAAACAUGUUAUAGAUUUUAAAUCAUUUAACUUGUGAAACAAUAUGAUACACCA